GGCUUGGUCUACCAGCAGAUCAUCGAGCGGGUGAUACAGGCGUCGCAGAAUGACUUCGAGGAGUUCGGCGUCGAUCAGUCGACGCUCGACGAGAUGAAGCAGGUACGUGGCGAGCUGCCGCAGCGAGCACCGGCCUUUCUUUCAUCGUCGCAACUGCCCUCUGCACCUUUCUCUUUGUCGCACGCGGUCGCAUUUUUCCAGUCCUAUCAUUUUGCGGUCAAUCGACCCCCAGCGAUCCUUGCUCCAACAGGCAUAGCCGGGUCACCUGACGCCCAUCCAGCGUUACCUUUCAUCGUCCUGCAUCAAGGCUGGCAAGAGAAGCUGUCUGGGCUCAAGGUUGCUCACUUCCCUUGGGACCCUCAGCCUGAGCCUACGCGCCACCCGUUGCCGAAUUUGGUCAAUUUGAAAGGGUUGCCGACGGUGCCGUCCAACGUGGUGAAGCCUGAGCCUAUGUUGCUCCCGCCCCUGACGGCGACGCAAGAUAGAAGUCCUAGCUAUGCCGAAGCGCCCGUCAAGAGCGAGCGAGCCUAUGAGCCUCCUCUCUCGUCAUACCCGCAAGCUGCCAAUGGCGGCUACGCAGGCGGCUUCAAUGGUGAAAUCGCCCAACAGCGUGCUCAUGCACUGGUCGCCCAGCGCAUGCACAAUCAGCAGCAGAGCCAGCCACAGCAGCAGAGCCAGCCACAACAGCAGAGCCAGCCACAGCAACAACAACAACAACAACAACAGCAACAACACCAGCAACAGCAGCAACAACAUGGGGGGCCUAUCUCCAUGCAGCAACAACAGCAACAGUAUCAGUAUCAGCAGCAGCAGCGGAUGCAUGCUGCCCAGCAGCAGCAGCAAGCACAGCAGCAACAGCAGCAGCGUGCACCCCAGCCGAUGCAGCAGCGUCCACCACAGCCUGGCCACCCCUACAACCCGUCACAGACGGACGGGCCUGAUGAUGCACUAGAAGACUGGAAGGCCUUCGUGGCUGCUCGACGUGCAGUGAGCGACGAAGAUCGUGCUGAGGCUGAUCAACAGAUGCGAGCUCGAUUGGACGCUCUUGCUUCCCGUCAAGACAGUGGAUUGAUGAUGCCUCUCAACCAAAUGCCCAAGGGCCGUAGGCGCAAGGCUGCGGUCCGCGUGCUCCAAGAGGAAGAUGCUGUGAAGGCUUCGUCGAGCGCAUCUGCCGUGGUUCCAGGCCCCGCUCGCUUCGAUGGCGAUGACGCCAAGGAGGAAGAGCACGACUCGGAUGCCAUCAACUCUGACUUGGAUGACCCUGAGGAUGACGAUAACAAUGGCGAUGACAGCGACGACGAGACAAUGGACUACAUGCUGUGCACGUACGACAAGGUGCAGCGCGUGAAGAACAAGUGGAAGUGCACCCUAAAGGACGGCAUCUUGACCACGAACAAGCGAGAGUACCUCUUCCACAAAGCAAACGGCGAGUUCGAGUGGUGA